AAAGUGGAGAAGGCUUAGAGGUGAGAAAAGACGCAAGGCAAGGGAAGAGGACAAACGGAAAGGAGACGAGACAGUCAAGGAGGGAAAAGGAGAAAAUGCGACAGGGGAUGGAGACGAGAGCCAAACGACAGAAGGAGGAGUAUGAGAGGAUCGUUGGAGUGGGAGGAGACGCGGUACACAAACACGGUGGGAAGACGAGAGGUCCGCAGAGAGAAGAGGACAAGAGAGGUACUGGAAACAGUGGCUGUGCCACGCGUCCUCUCAUCCGAGAUUCGGGAAAGAGAGGCACACGCAAGACAGCACAGAAUGGUAAUUCCGAGAAUGAAUUCGGCGAAAGUGGGGGACUUGGCAUCGUCUCAGUCUCUCCCGGUGAGCAUGAAAGAGAGACCUAUGCGGAAGGUGUUUGUCUGCGAGUCUGUACACAGGAUUCUCCCAUAUGGUCUUCUCGUGUUGUCUGCCCCAGGGGACUGGAGAUUCGCGAGACGCUGCCACUGUCCAGGCACCAGGAAGGAAGUGGAUCGCUUCUCCCUCUCACGCGUGGAUCUGCGUCGUCCGGACCACCAUCUUCUCGGAGAAGAGGCCGGUCUGUGUCCGUUCAUUCUAUGCUCAAACGCAAUACGGACGCAUCGGGUUCUGGUCAAAAAAAGCCGUUUAGCCGAGUCCCAGCAAUAGCGGGUCAUUCGAGUCUCGGCAGGCGAAAGAGCCCCCACACUCGAGGGGCAAAAGAAAGAGUAGCAACAAGCAGAACGCGAGUAAAAGAAGAUGAAAAACAAGGGUGUGAGCGUUUAAUGGCUGAUGCGCGUGUCGCAGAUCAUCGACUUGUGUCGGG